UAUAGCCUACUACAGUAUAGUCACGUGACGAAUAACCAGCUGGGUUGCUCAGUUGACAAUCACAUAACAAGACGCGCGAGAUAGUGCGAGAAUUUCUGUGCAGCAACAAAUAGGCUACGAAUGAUAUAUAAACCAAUAUUUCUCAAAUAGGUGGAGGUCGUGUCGGUGUUGUCAUGGACGUGUCCAACCACAGCCUGUUCCUCCUGCAGCAACUAAACGUCCAGAGGGAGUUUGGAUUCCUUUGCGACUGCACCGUUGCCAUCGGCAACGUGUACUUUAAGGCCCAUCGGGCAGUCCUCGCGGCAUUCUCCAACUACUUCAAGAUGAUCUUCAUUCAUCAGUCAAGUGAGUGCAUUAAGAUCCAACCCACGGACAUACAGCCGGAUGUUUUCAGCUACCUGCUCCACAUCAUGUACACAGGAAUGGGCCCAAAGCAGCCAGUGGACCAGGGGCGCCUGCAGGAGGGCAUCAAGUUCCUCCACGCCUAUCAACUGUGCCGUAAGCCUGGUGAGGGAGGGUCUGACACCGCCACGGCUGACCUGGUCCGAAUGUCCAACCUCUAUGGCAUUCAGAUUUCUUCCCAGUUAGCCAACAAGGAGGGCAAUGGGGGCUCUAAAGGUAGUGCCGGGGCCCGGGGAGGGGGCAUCCCUGAGGACGGGCGUUCAUCCGCCCGGAUGGGCCGCUCUCACGCGGCUCCGUUUUCGACGACCGUGGGAAUGGAGGGCGUCCCCUCCUCGGACCGCCAGCCCUUCUCUGGUCUCCUGCACGGCGUGUCCUCCGUGGCCUCCGGGGACGACUCGGACAUCUCCACGCGCAUCAAGCAGGAGAGGGUGGAGGAGGAGGAAGGAGAGGAGGGCCACCCCGCGCCGGGUGGGGGAGGUUCCCCGACCUCUUCCUCGGCCCAGGGCGGCAGCCCAUGCCGGGGCCUGCUGUUCAAGGACGGUCCCCUGGCGCUGCUGUGCCCCCGCUGCGGUGAGUGCUGUUCGUCCCAGGAGGGGCUCCGCGAGCACCUGUUCAGCCACUCCGCCUGCGCCCUGGACCCCAGCGGACUGAUGGAGGGCCUCUCCCAAGGCGUGGGGGGGGACCCCGAGGGCCCUGAGGAGCAGGUGGGGGGGGGCCAGGAUCAUCUAGACGCAGGCUGUCUAGAGAAGGCCCUGAGACAGAGCCAGGCGCUGGCCGACGAGCUAGCUGCCGAGCUACGGCGGAGCCGGGAAGGCAUAGCGGGCGGCGUCAGUCCGCCCCCCGCCCCCGCCACGGCAACCAGUUACACGCGAAAGCGCAAGAUCGCUUGUGCCGUAUGCAGCCUGCGGUUCGCCCAGAAGAGCCAGCUGCAGGAGCACAUGUUCACGCACACGGGCAAGCCCUCGCGUUACCACCGCUACAGCCGCCUCUGCAGCCAGCUCAUCCACGCCUCGGGGCACUUCUGCGAGGGACCACUGGAGGGCGGCGGUGAGGGCGGUGUGGCGGCAAGCACUACGGUGGUCCUGCCCGAGGAGGCCAACCGGGAAGCCCAGGACAAUGGCAGUUCAUGCUACUCACUAGACUCGGAGAUCUCACAGGGGAGCGUGGAUGAAAGCGAAAACAAACUGUAGAAGGGUGCGGAAACACCCCGAAGUUCAUCGUUGGUUUCUUGGUUGCCUGUUGUGGAAUGCCUGAUCUGAUCACCCUGGGAGCGUGAGAGUUUGUGUUAUUAUGCAGUAUUUUGUUGAAAAUCCCCCGACUGCCGAAGAUAAUUUAUAAGAACUAUGUAUUGUUACAAGGUCAUUGACAUGCGUUCUUCUCUGAAAGAUAUAGCGGAUAGCGGCUCUCGAAUAACAAGUGUUGUGGAAAUACCUUGUAAUCCCCCCCUCUGCACUCAUAAAGACUGCAUUCUGGGUCAUGUUCAUUCGGGCCCACUGUUGGAAGACUUUUUACAGUGCUUCUCGAUAUGUCAUUUCCAAAUAGAACCUCCCGUUUAACAUUCUCAGUUUGUUUUCAGUUUCAUUCCAACCCAACUCAUUCAUUACCUUUUGACAAUAUCCUCCCACUGGUUAUAUCUUGUCCUUUGUCAAUAUCGCUGAUCUCUGUCAGGUGUGAUUCCAGUGUAAAGCGUAUCUUCCUUUUGUUCAGUGAUUAUCUGAAUAGAAUAGCAUAUAGAAACAAAAUUGUUUUGAAAGACAAAUGUGUUCUCGCACACUUAUCAUAUUUCAUGGGGUGGUAUUGAUCAGGAAUUAGCAUACACUAUGUAUCUGUUGUAUCUGUAUCUUGCACUUUCAGAAAUAAUUAGGUAUUGAAAGGGAUUCUGAUUAGUUAUUGAUGUUUGCCUGGGUUACAGGAAUUUGACAAGGACGCUUUGCAAUACACAACUGUAAUAUGGUAUAUCAUCAUGUUAUAUGCCAAAACGCGCAAAAUAGCAGAGAAAUUGGAUGUUCAGCUCCACAUUCAGCUUAAAGUAAAUUAUUGUAUAUCCUACUACCUACCAAAGUGAAGCAAGACUCUGACCUUAAGUCAUCCUAUAACCUUUCAAGCUGGAAAACCUGGGGCCAUGUGUCAAGCAUCACUGGAGAGCUGAUUGAAAAUUGGGUCGCCCAUUUCUCCAUCCCAAAGGCAAUAAUUAUUCAAAAUAUUCUCCUGCUGAGGAGGUCACAAUAGCAGUUAAAUAGCAAGGGCUGUAGCAGUAUUUAGAUAUAUAGAGGAUACUUAAUAUGAUUGAUCCUUAAAGCAUAUUUCAACACUAAAAAGGAUACAUUUUUACUCAAAGUAACUCAAAGAAAUACUCUUGUUGGUGCUUCUACAGCUUUAUAAUAGUAGGAUUGUAGUUGAACUUUUGAUGGACAUGUGGCCAUGUAUAUGUGAAUGGAUGAAUGCAUCUGGUAAUGUUGUGCCAGGGGUCUCAAUGUAUUGUCACAGACAGUAUAAACCUAUUGACCUAUUGAAAAUGUGAGAUUUGCCUUUCCGAGUUUAACUUUUGUCCAGUCGGUCUGUGUGACCUCUGCUGUGUUUGAACUGUCAUUAAACCUUACUGUGGUUUAAUGUUUUGUAAAUCUGUGUCACUUUU